UCCGUGCAAACAUGGCAACUCACGAAGGAGAUUCAGAAGCCGGUGCUGGGAUAGGUGGGAAGAUGUGGAUGUUGUGUGCUUCACUGCUGGUUCUUAGCUCAAUCAGCUCUGUUGAUGGAGACUCAAAAGCUGUUACAACAACACUGACCACUAAAUGGCCCUCUACACCCCUCUUGCUGGAAGCCAGUGAAUUCCUUGCUGAGGAGAGCCAGGGCAAGUUUUGGGACUUUGUGGAAGCCAACCAAAACAUCGUAAAUGAUCAUGAUGACACAGAUCAGGCUUACUAUGAACUGAUCCUCAAGAGAGCCGGUGGACUGCUGAGCCUAGUGAAGCUUAACAUGCUUAAGUUUGCUCUGUCUCUGAGGUCUUAUUCAUCCACCAUCCAUUCUUUCCAGCAGAUCGCAUCUAUUGAGCCUCCUCCACCUGGAUGUAAAGCUUUCUUUAAUGUCCACGGACAAACAUCUUGUGACACAGAAAGCCUUAAGGCCAUGCUAGAUACUGCGUUAGAUCGGCCAAAACCACACCUAUUCAAAGGCGAUCACAAAUUUCCCUCAUCUAAUCCAGACGCACCUGUUGUGAUUCUUUAUGCUGAGUUGGGCACCAAGGAGUUUUCCACAUUUCAUCAGCUGAUGCUGGGAAAAGCCAACAAGGGCCUGAUCACUUACGUUUUACGACACUUUAUCGCGAACCCCAGCAAGAAAAAAGUGUAUCUGUCUGGAUUUGGAGUUGAACUGGCCAUCAAAAACCAAGAGUACAAAGCCAAAGAUGACACACAAGUUCAGGCAGGAGCAGAUGUGAAUGCAACGGUGAUGGGUGAAAAUGAUCCUGUGGAUGAAGUUCAAGGUUUUUUGUUUGGGAAGCUCAAGACAACUUAUCCCGAACUAAAAGAACAACUGAAGGAGCUUCGUAAGCAUUUGAUCGAGAGCACCAAUGAAAUGGCCCCACUUAAAGUCUGGCAAAUGCAAGAUCUCAGCUUUCAAACUGCUGCCCGUAUCCUGGCAGCUCCAUCUGUAGAUGCUCUCAAUGUCAUGAGAGAUUUGAGUCAGAACUUCCCCACCAAAGCUAGGUCCCUAACAAAAACAGUGGUGAAUUCAGAGAUCCGUAAAGAGAUUGAGGAAAAUCAAAAGUAUUUUAAGGGAACAUUGGGUCUUCAGCCUGGUGACUCAGCUUUGUUUAUCAAUGGAUUUAAUAUUGACCUGGAUGUGCAGGACAUCUUUAGUGUCUUUGAUGUGUUGAGGAACGAGGCAAGGGUCAUGGAGGGUUUACGCAGUCUGCAGAUAGACACCCCCUAUAUCCACGACAUCCUCAAACUUAACGUCCAGCCAUCAGAUUCAGACUACGCCGUGGACAUCCGCAGCUCCGCCGUUAACUGGAUUAAUAACCUGGAGACUGAUGGUCGGUAUGCAUCCUGGCCCUCUAACGUACAGGAGCUGCUGAGGCCCACCUUUCCUGGAGUCAUUCGACAGAUCCGCAAGAACUUUCACAACUUGGUGAUGAUUCUGGACCCGACACACGGGAACACGGCUGAGCUGAUAAGCGUGGCCGAGAUGUUUUACAGCAACAACAUCCCACUCAGGAUUGGACUGGUGUUUGUGGUGGACGAUUCUGAUGAUGUUGAUGGAAAACAGGAUGCUGGUGUGGCCCUGCUGAGAGCUUUUAACUACAUUGCCGAUGAUGUGGACAACCAGAUGGCGUUCGAUGCUGUCAUAUCAAUACUGAACAAAGUUCCCAGUGGUGGCCGACUGAAGGUGGAACAUGUGGUGAGCGUGCUGGAAAAGAGAUAUCCCUACGUAGAGAUUAGCAGCAUCUUGGGACCUGACUCUGCCUAUGACAAAAACAGAAAAGAGGGAAAAGCAUAUUAUGAGCAAACCGGUGUUGGCCCUCUGCCCGUGGUGUUAUACAACGGUAUGCCCUUACAACGUGAGCAGUUAGACCCCGAUGAGCUGGAGACGGUCGUCAUGCACAAAAUCCUGGAAACCACCAGCUUUUUUCAGCGUGCCGUCUAUCUGGGAGAGCUCAGCAGUGAUCAUGAUGUGGUGGACUUUAUCAUGAAUCAGCCCAAUGUGGUCCCAAGAAUCAAUUCCAGAAUCCUGGCCACCAGCAGCAGGAACUAUCUAGACCUCUCCGCCACCAACAAUCAUUUUAUAGACGAAUACGCUCGUUUUCUCUUCCUGAACACAGAAGACAAGAAUGCAGCAGUGGCCAACAGCAUGAAUUACAUGACAAAGAAAGAUGAUGCCAUCAUCCGUCCAGUGACUUUCUGGGUAGUGGGUGACUUUGACCAGCCCUCAGGAAGGCAGCUGUUGUACGAUGCCAUACGUCACAUGAAAACCAGUAAUAACGUGCGGUUGGGAGUGAUCAAUAACCCCAGUGAGACCCUGACUACUGAGAACAGCUUGAUAGCUCGAGCCAUCUGGUCAGCCAUGCAGACCCAAACCUCCAACAAUGCCAAGAACUUCAUCACCAAACUGGCUAAAGAGGAAACAGCACAGGCCCUAUAUGCAGGGAGUGACAUUGCCGAGUUUGCUGUUGGGGGCAUGGAUGUUCCUCUGUUUAAGAGCGCGUAUGAGUCCCCUAAAAUGGACUUCCUGUUGGCUCAUUCAGCUUAUUGUCGGGACGUCCUCAAACUGCAGAAGGGCCAAAGAGCUGUGAUCAGCAAUGGACGGAUCAUUGGUCCGCUGGAGAAAGCGGAGGUCUUUAACCAAGACGAUUUCCUGCUUCUAGAAAGCAUCAUCUUGAAUACGUCAGGGGAGAGGAUCAAGGGCAAAAUUCAACAGCUUGGCAUGGUAGAGGACAGAGCUAGUGAUCUGGUCAUGAAGGUGGACGCCCUGCUCUCCUCCCAGCCCAAAGUUGAAGCAAGACUGGAGCAUACCUUUGCAGAAGACAGAUACAGUGCAGUGAAGAUCAGGCCAAAAGAACAGGAAGUGUACUUCGAUGUGGUCGCCAUUGUGGACCCAGUGACCAGAGAUGCUCAGAAACUGGCGCCUCUACUCCUGGUCCUGAAGCAGCUGGUCAAUGUCAACCUGCGAGUGUUCAUGAACUGCCAGUCCAAGCUCUCUGACCUCCCGCUGAAAAGUUUUUACCGAUACGUCUUGGAGCCAGAGGUCACAUUUUUGGCAGACGGCAGCUUUGCUUCAGGCCCGCUGGCUAAGUUCUUGGACAUGCCUCAGUCGCCCCUAUUCACUCUGAACCUUAACACCCCUGAGAGCUGGAUGGUUGAGUCCGUCCACACCCGCUACGAUCUGGAUAACAUCUACCUAGAAGAGGUGGACAGUGUUGUGGCCGCAGAGUAUGAGCUGGAAUAUUUAUUACUGGAGGGUCACUGUUUUGACGUAACAACGGGUCAGCCACCCCGCGGACUGCAGUUCACAUUAGGGACCCCCUCGGACCCAGUUAUAGUUGACACCAUUGUCAUGGCCAACCUGGGCUAUUUCCAGCUGAAAGCAAAUCCGGGAGCCUGGAUCCUCCGACUAAGAAAAGGGAGGUCGGAAGAUAUCUACAAAAUCUACAGUCACGAUGGCACAGACUCCCCAGCCGAAGCUGAAGAUUUAAUCGUCGUCCUUAACACCUUCAAAAGCAAGAUCAUUAAAGUAAAAGUGCAGAAAAAGCCUGACAUGAUGAACGAGGAUCUUCUGAGUGAUGGUACCCAUGAGAACGACUCUGGAUUCUGGACGUCUCUAACCAGAGGGUUUACCGGUUCCAAACCAGAAGAAACGAAGCAGGAGAAGGAUGAUGUCAUUAACAUAUUCUCGGUGGCCUCCGGUCACUUGUACGAGAGGUUCCUCAGGAUAAUGAUGCUAUCUGUGCUCAAACACACCAAGACACCCGUCAAGUUCUGGUUUCUCAAAAACUACCUGUCUCCAAAUUUUAAGGAAUUCAUUCCAUACAUGGCAGAGAAAUACGGCUUUCAGUAUGAACUUGUACAUUAUAAAUGGCCACGCUGGCUCCACCAGCAGACAGAGAAGCAAAGGAUCAUCUGGGGAUAUAAGAUCCUCUUCCUUGAUGUCCUCUUUCCUCUGGCUGUGGAUAAGUUCCUCUUUGUAGAUGCUGAUCAGAUAGUACGGACGGACCUGAAGGAGCUGAGGGACUUUGAUCUGGAGGGGGCGCCUUACGGUUACACACCUUUCUGUGAGAGCCGGAGAGAGAUGGAUGGAUACCGUUUCUGGAAGUCAGGUUACUGGGCCAGUCACUUGGCAGGACGUAAAUACCACAUCAGUGCUUUGUAUGUGGUGGAUCUGAAGAAGUUUAGGAAGAUUGCAGCUGGAGACAGAUUGAGAGGCCAAUACCAGGGUCUGAGUCAAGAUCCUAACAGCCUUUCUAACCUGGACCAGGAUCUGCCCAACAACAUGAUUCACCAGGUGCCCAUCAAGUCACUUCCUCAAGAGUGGCUUUGGUGUGAGACGUGGUGUGAUGAUGCAUCUAAAAAGAAAGCCAAAACUAUAGAUCUUUGCAACAACCCUCAGACGAAAGAGCCAAAGCUUCAGGCUGCUGUGCGUAUAGUAUCUGAGUGGAGCGACUAUGACCAGGAGGUUAAGAGAAUCUAUAACCACUUCCUGGAAGAGAAAGAGAAACUUGCCACGGACAGCAAUGACACCAUAGACAGAAAACUCACAGGUGGUGACAAGCACACAGAGCUGUAGAGAUGCUCUGCAGCUGAUGAAGAGGAGACUCUGUUUAAAGAGUCAUCUUUUCUUCACCUGUUUUAAAUAAGCCUAUCCUCCAGAAAUGGGUUGACAUUCAUGCUGAACUUGACUUGAAGAAAAAAAUGCAAAUUUCCUUUUUUGUAUCUGAAUGGUUGUGACUUACAUUACUUGGAGGGGUUGGGUCAGGGUAAGGGCAGGCACAGGGCAUCUUCUUUCAUCAGGCAUUUUUAAUGCUUAAGCCCUAAAACACUCGGGGCCUGAUACAUAUAUGCAUUUGCUACAAUCAAAGGCAGUUUCAUCUGAGGGAAAAGCCCUCUGAUUGGUCAAGGCAGUGCCCAUAGGGAAUCGUUUAAUUGAGCAAGAAACUGCAUGUGCACAAUUUUAAUAUUACAAAGAUUUGAUAAAUAUCCCUCUUAACUGUUAACAUGCACUGACUUUUCAUGAAAAUUAUUAUUAAAUGGUAAAAUAUAGGACCCACUGUUCAUUUAAUAGGCACCCAUGGUGUUUUAAAACCCAUGUGAUGUUAUAAUAGGUAAGCACAAAUCAUUUCCUGUGAGAUCACAGUUCAGUUAGUGACUCAAUGUAAAAAUCUGGGUUUUCCUCGGGUGUAAACAUUCAUAUCAAAAUAAUUUUUUAACAACCAAAAUCAAAUCUGUCAGUGUUACCAUGCUUAAGUGUAAAUGGUGACAUAACACUGUCCAAAAGCUAUUUUUUCAAGGAUUAGUUCACCCCAAAAAUGUGCCAUCAUUAACUUCUUAUGUUGUUCCAAAACAGCAUGACUUUUUUCUGAUGAACGCAAAGAAUAAUUUGAGAAUGUAUUGACCACUAUUUGCCAUAAAAUAAAUAUGAAUGGUUUUAUAAAAGUGGGCCUUACAACUUGUGCACUUUAUUCAAAGUCUUAAAGUUUUGUGUGAAGAACAGAUUUUUAUUAUUAUGAAUCACAGACAAUGUGCAUUUAGUCUUUAUACUAUUAUAUCUAGCUGCCGAUAAGCUUAAGUAUGAAAUACUUAAAACAUAUGCAGCAUUGUUUUAAUUUGGAAGCUUGACAUGACAUCCCGUAUAUGACUUGAUAUUCCAUGAUUAUUAUUAAAAAAAGACUGGAUGGUGCAUUGUUCAAUAUUUCAAUAUUUCUCCUUGUGUGUUCCACCAAAGAAAGUCCAAAAGGUUUGGAAUGACAUGAUGGUGAGUAAAUGAUGACUUUCAUUGUGGGUGAACUGUUAAUAUACAGUCACAUUACUAUGUUUUCUAGUUGCCUUAAAGGGACAUUUAUUGAAAAUAUGCUAAUUUUUCAGCUCCCCUAGAGUUAGACAUUUGAUUUUUACUGUUUUGGAAUCAAUUCAGCCAAUCUCUUAGCAUAGCUUAGCAUCAUCCAUUGAAUCUGAUAAGAUCAUUAGCUCAAAAAUUACCAAAUAUUUUGAUAUUUUUCCUGUUUUUAAACGUGACUCUUCUGUCAAAUAUAGAAACUCUUUGGUUAUUUUUUUUGAGCGAUGCUAAUGGUCAAAUAAGAUUCAAUGGAUUAUGCUAAGCUAUGCUAAAAGUGGUACCGCCAGACCCGGAGAUCGGCUGAAUGAAUUCCAAAAUUGUAAAAAUCAUAUGUUUAACUCUAGGGGAGCUGAAAAAUGAGCCUAUUUUCCAAAAAAGUUUAUAUACUUAAUAUUUUAAGUUCAAUUGACUUAAAAAUGUGUCAUUUUGCAUUAACUAACAUUUUUAGGUCAAAUUAACUCAAAAAUCUUUUUUACAGUGUUAAAGGGAAAUGGGAGUCACAGGUAAGGUAGAAUUUUGUGUGCGCACAACAUUUUUUAAUAAUUGUUUUUUAUAACCCCAAAUGACCAAGAUUGUUUAGAAGAAACGCCUGAACACUGUAAAAAGAUUUGUUGUUUCAACUUAUAAACGUAAUUGUUUGUGCUGCUUUAAAAUUGAGUUAAUUCAACUUCUUUUUAAAAUUAAUUAAUAUUUAAAAGUUUAAGGCAGCACGAACACUUCACAGUGAACUUUGCAAAAAAAAUCAGAAUGUUUUUUUGUUGAUUUCAUAUCACUGGGUUACAUUUUAAAUAAUAGUUUUCUAUUCUAAAUCUUUCUAUUUCAGGUCAUUUCUGUGGUAACGCUCUGUGGGUUAAGUUAGUCUGGGUAAACCACUGGUUUUUAUAUGUUUGUUCAUCAUAUGCGCUGUGACUAUCUGUGUUUCAGUAAUAUAAAUGUGUGCAAAGUUUUUCCUCUCUAUAUUCUACCUGGAAAUAUUAUGUGCAUUUUACCUGCUGAAGUUUAGACAGAAAACGAGGCUUUGGUAUAUUGAGAGGUAUAUUAUAGUGUUUUGCCAUUGUGUUUAUACAGUAUGUGUGACCCUGCCUGUGAAAUUGCACCUUAAGUCUUUUUUUCAUAAAAUCAUCUUGCAUGCUGUUUUAUUUUCACAGACUAUUCUGUGAAAAUAUAACCUUUAUAUCUAAAAUAUUGACUGAAUAAUGUCAUGUCGAAGAUUGAAAUUAAAGUGAAAUCAUUAAAAUGAGACUUUAGCCUGAAUUUCACAGACAGGUUCACAUACAGUAUUGUUCUUUUAGUGAUGAAUAGAGACAUAAUUGGGAAAUGGGCUAUGAAAGUUUAGAUUUACUGUAUGAAAAUAUUUCAUUAUUUUGUAAUAAAAUAAUUUACAAAUGGUUCA